CUUCUGGGCCUGAAAGGGACUGUCGCUAUGUUGACUUCCGCAGAGGGUCGGCGAGUGGGUGGUUCAACGCUACAGCUCCUGUGUGAGCUGGAGAGAGGGACCGCGUUGUCUUCUGCCCCGAGGCAGGAGGAUGGGGAAUGCGGACCCAGCCUUCUGCCCGAGCCUGAGCUAGGACCCCCUCCUGGGGAACGCCCAGGUACCUUCGACUCUCACCCACCUGUCAACAUCGAGCCUACAAAUUCGCAGGAGCCAGAGGGAGGGAGCUGCCAGCCAGGCACAGCCGAGAACACUGGAGCCAUGACAACCAGUCACCAGCCUCAGGACAGGUAUAAGGCAGUAUGGCUUAUCUUCUUUGUGCUGGGCCUGGGGACGCUGCUUCCCUGGAAUUUUUUUAUGACAGCAACCAAGUAUUUCACAAGCCGCCUGGACGUGUCCCAGAAUUUGUCCUUGGUCACUGACCAAUCAUGUGAAAGCACCAAGACCUUGGCUAACCACACAGUGCCCUUGCCAACCCGGAGCUCGCUCAGUGCCAUCUUCAACAAUGUCAUGACCCUGUGUGCCAUGUUACCCUUGUUGAUCUUCACCUGCCUCACCUCAUUCCUGCAUCAGAGGGUCUCUCAGUCUGUCCGGAUCUUGGGCAGCCUGGUGGCUAUCCUGCUGGUGUUCCUCGUCACUGCCGCCCUGGUGAAGGUGGAGAUAGAUGCUCUGUCUUUCUUCGUCAUCACCAUGAUCAAGAUUGUGCUCAUUAAUUCAUUCGGUGCCAUUUUGCAAGCCAGCCUUUUCGGUCUAGCAGGCGUCCUGCCGGCCAACUACACAGCCCCCAUCAUGAGUGGCCAGGGCCUGGCUGGCUUCUUCACCUCUGUCGCCAUGAUUUGCGCCAUUGCCAGUGGUUCGGAGCUGUCAGAAAGCGCCUUUGGCUAUUUCAUCACAGCCUGUGCAGUUGUCGUUUUGGCCAUAGUGUGCUACCUGGCUCUGCCUCGGACGGAAUUCUAUCGCCAUUACCUGCAGCUCAACCUGGCGGGGCCUGCAGAGCCGGAGACCAAGAUGGAUCUCAUCAGAGAGGAGCCAAGAGGAGGAAGAGAGGACUCUGGGGUGCCAGGCCCCAACUCUCCACCCACCAACAGAAGCCAGUCUAUCAAAGACAUACUUAAGAGUAUCUGGGUCCCAGCUCUGUCUGUCUGCUUCAUCUUCACAGUCACCAUUGGGUUGUUUCCUGCUGUGACUGCUGAGGUGGAAUCCAGCAUCGAAGGCCCAAGUCCCUGGAAAAGUUCCUACUUCAUUCCUGUGGCCUGCUUCUUGAAUUUCAAUGUCUUUGACUGGCUGGGCCGGAGCCUCACCGCUGUUUGCAUGUGGCCUGGUCAGAAUAGCCGCUGGUUGCCGGUUUUGGUAGCCUCAAGGAUUGUGUUUAUUCCCCUGCUGAUGCUCUGUAACGUGAAGCCGCGCCACUGCGGAGUGCCGCGGCACCACCACAUCUUUAAGCAUGACUCCUGGUUCAUCACCUUCAUGGCUGCCUUUGCCUUCUCCAACGGCUACCUCGCCAGCCUCUGCAUGUGCUUCGGGCCCAAGAAAGUCAAACCAGCUGAGGCGGAGACAGCAGGAAACAUCAUGUCCUUCUUCCUGUGUCUGGGCCUGGCUCUGGGAGCUGUAUUGUCCUUCUUGUUAAGGGCACUUGUGUGACCCUGUGGUGACAGAAGAAUUACACUGCCUGCUUCCUGCGCACUUCCGUCCCUGCCAGAGAUGAGCAGGGGUCCAGAGGGGCCACUCUUUUAGCCGACAUCUGCUUUCUUCUGGACCGUGCUGGGCCCAGAUGUCCAGGAACCAGGGAGGGAGCCUCUGCAGAUGGACUUGGGACUGGGGGUCAGAACGGCAGGGGAGCAGUGGUCUGACUGAUCCCCGCUUAAGUCAAGCACAAGAGACUCCAGGGCCAAGAGAGAUCUGUCUGUCUGCCUAUCACAAGGAUGGGGUGGAGAUGGGCGGCUGACUGGUGUAUCAUGUGAUCUGAUAUCCCCUGCCCUUCUUCUGUGCCUGUUCCAUGUCAUUUUACUGCCUUUUUUAUACUGACAGAAACCAGGUGCCUUCAGAGGCCAUCUGAUUAAAUAAACAUUUUUUUUUUUCCUCCAUA